AUGUCAGCCACCAGGUCGGCAGCCGCACGACCUCAGCGGGCCCUCGAUUCAAAGUCGCGCCGACGACGAGGCCAAGACUCACAACGCCGCCAGGUUCGCCUGCACACCCAAGGCCCGCCGCCCGGCUACUCCUUCGUCCCCAAAGGCAACGUCUACAUCACCCGCAACAGCCGCCUCCACACCCAUCGGUCCAACCAAGUUGUGUACACGGUGCAGCACUCCAAAACAAACCGCACGUUGGGCAUCUGCGUCCCGUCGGACGUCCACACGCGGGUGCUCGGCCUCGCCGCCGAGACGGCUGAGGCGCGAGAACUCGCCGUUGCGCAAAAGGACACCCGCGAUGCACGCCACGCAAGCGACAUGCUCGCGCGGGAAUUCCCACACAUGCCGGCGCUCGAUAUGCGUGCUAUCGUGAAUCACGCAUUCCUCAAGGGCUCGGGGCGCGUGGGUCGUAGCGGGACAGUGAGCAGUGAGGAAAAGAAAGCAGAGCUGGCGGUUGAAGCCCAUAUCCGCCAUGUCCAUACGGGCUACGAAGGUUUACUGGAGACCGGGAUGCAGCGGGAAGACGCCAGAGAACUGGUAUGGGACCAGGUGAAGAAGGUCAAACGGGCCUGGAAGGAGGGCGUGCCAUGA